CUUGUAAGUUGUCCAGAGGUAUUAGAAAAUCCUACAUAAUUAACAAGCGUACAGAGCCGGUAGAAUUCCUACCCUCCCCGUCUAUGCCAAUCAGCCGUGCUCAACUAACCCGCCUUGCCCUGAAUGUGUUUCUCCGACUUGCCAUUGCCCAAAUGCUGGCGGUGUUGGCAGUGCUACUACUACCUCUCUGUCUGGGAUUCCUGAUUCUCGAGGACCAUGUCCUGGCUCCGGUUAUACUUGUCACGAAUGUCUCGACGGGUGGUUCUGCCCGCCUCUUCAGACUCCGGCACAGCCUGCACCUUGCGGGUUUGGUUGGCCUUGUGCUCAUUGCGACGGAGGAUGGUUCUGUGUCCCCCAACCAACUCUAGGUCCGGAGACAUGCGCAGGAUCAAGCGGACCAGCUACGAAUGGCCCUGGAAUCAUAUCGUCUACAGUCUCCUCACCUAGGAACCCCUCUCAAUCAAGCCCGACACAACCAACGGAGUCAGGCCCUAUCACGCCGAGUCC